CCUGUGCCUUCCCCCACGUGUCCCCACCAUACGCCGUGGAGGUGGCAGGUUGAAUGGGAGCCCUGUUAGAGCUGGGACAAGAGCCCCAUCAGACUGGGGGGGCUGGUUUGUCAGUCCCCUCCCAUCCUGCUCCUUGCACAAUCCAUCCUGGGGACCACGCUGGGACACGGGGGCUGCUGGGCAGGGGGGACAGUGAGCCCGGAGAGCCACCCUCCUGGAGACUGCUCUGUGUCUCACCAGUUUGGGUAGUUUUCCAAAUUGAUUCUUGCCUGGAGCAUUGUCUUUUGGAAAAGCCAUCCAGUGCCCGGAGAAAAAGGUGAGGGAGGGCUGAGAACCCGCCGCCGUCGUUUACUGUGCUGGUAAUUUAUCGCGAUGAUUAUUGUCUGUGCUGUUGGAGAAAAAAAAAAAAUUGCACUUUGCCCUCAGUCUGAAUCUGCGUCGUUUCGAGUUCCCGCAGCACUGGGUGGUGGUACCUGCUCCCUCUGAAGGACCCGCUUGGCAUCUCCUGAAGGUCCCCAGGUUCCUCCUGGGCAGUUCCCGCUCUGCGUAACCCCCUUCUUGCACCGUCCCCGUGUCUUCAAGCCCCUCAGUCACUCCUGGAGUCUUCUCCAGACCUUAUUCAGAGGUGGCAGAAGGCUCCAGAUCCCUGCGGUGACCGCGGAGUGCGGUGCAAAGAGGCAAAACUGUCUCUUCUCCUCCUGGAGAUCCCCAAUGUGUCCACCCCACGAGCCCCGAUAGUCCUCUGCGCAGUGGAGGAGCUGGGGGACGUGUUCCUGCCUUUGAGGGAGUUUUCGGCGCUGGGAGGCUGUUCCCAGGCAUCCCCCGAGGAGCCGGUGGAGCCGAUCCUUUCCCGGGGGGAAGAUGCACUGAAAAAAAAAGGAUUUUUGCCAGACCCCGGCUGUCAGCGCCCUUGGCCUGGACCCUGAUGGACUCGGAGGCAGGACUGCAUUACCAUGGUGAUGAUCUUAACCAAAACUCGGGAAAACAAAGGUGCUGACUCCGUAACAUGCAGGACUGAGCUGCACACUCCAAAGAUGAGUCAAGGACCUACCCUCUUCUCUUGUGGCGUGAUGGAAAAUGACAGAUGGAGAGAUCUCAGCAGGAAAUGUCCACUUCAGCUGGAGCAGCCGGGCGCCAGCAUCUGGGACUGCUUGUCGGACAAGGGCGAGGAGGGCUCGCGCUGGCCGAGGGAGACGGCCACCACCUGCUCCGUCACCAACCUCAUCAAAGACCUCAGCCUCAGCGACCCCCACGGCAACCCCGCCGCUCCCCCCAGCAAGCGCCAGUGCCGCUCGCUCUCCUUCUCCGACGAAAUGUCCGGCUGUGGGACCUCCUGGAGACCCUUAGGCUCGAAGGUUUGGACCCCGGUUGAGAAGCGGCGGUGUUACAGCGGGGGGAGUGUGCAACGUUACUCCAACGGCUUCACCACCAUGCAGAGGAGCUCCAGCUUCAGCCUGCCCUCCCGCUCCAACCCCCUCUGCGGGGAGCAUCCCGCCCUUGCCAACCGGCUGGGAUGCCAGCCUAGGAAAUCAGCGGCCGCCAGCGGGCAGGGAGGAGACCGGGUGGACAUGCAGAGGUCCCUCUCCUGCUCCCACGACCGCUUCUCCUCCUCGGAGUAUGGGCCACCUUCGGCGAGCAGCACCCCCGCCUCCACGCCGGAGCUGGGGCGCCGGGCCGGAGGCCUCUCCCGGAGCCGCUCGCAGCCCUGCGUCCUCAACGACAAAAAGGUGGGGGUCAAGCGACGGAGACCGGAGGAGGUUCAGGAGCAACGGCCCUCGCUGGACCUCGCCAAGAUGACCCAGAACCGCCAGACUUUCAACAGCCUCACCUGCCUUAGCGCCGGGGCCGAGGAGGCCUCCCAGCGGCUUCCCGGCCCCCAGCCAUGGACCACAGCCCCCCACUCCCCGGAGGUGAUGCCGGGCAGGACCCCUGCCUGCACCCCGGUACCGGAGCCACCUCGUUCCCGGCCCCAGGAACGCCAGGCCAGCAGGGACGACCUCUCCUGCGAGGAGGAGGAGGAAGGCGGCGGGAAGGAGGAAGACGGGAGGGCCUGGCGGAGCGGCGGGGCGGGCGCUGAGGGCCUCUUCCAGCUGGACGGCGAGAUCGACAUCGAGCAGAUAGAAAACAACUGAGGAGGGAAGAGGGUCCUCUCGCCAUCCCCACAGGGGGUGGGUGGGGGAGAUGCCAGCAGAGCCAUGGAGGGCUCCCCACCACCAGGUUUGGGGGGGUCCCACCACCGGUCCCCUCCUGCCAGCUUGUGGGGGGGAGGCAGGGGGAAGGAGGGACGAAGCAGCUUUGCCAAAAUUUCAUCAGGUAUUUUAGAGCAAUUGGUGUGCGCGCGUGUGUAAAUCUUGAAUUUCUUCCUAACUACUGUAGCCUGAGAUGGCCCAGGCGGAGGGAACCGCCUGCCCCACAAGGGGGGGGGCCAGGCGCAGGGGUGGCCCCCCCAAAAAAGCCCUUGCGUUUAGUGAGGAAAUGGCUUUUUGCAAAGGUAGAGCUGCGUGUGGCUGAUGGGGCCGGUCACGCUCCCUCCGCGUCCCACCCGCAUUCGGCUGGAAGGGGAUGCACAAGGAGAAACCACCAGCCGUGGGGACUGGGAAAAAAUGGGGGGAAAACCCGAAUAUUGGGAUUUGCAAACCAAGGGGCGACUGCGGCUUCUCUGCUCCUUCCACAUCCCACGUGGCCCCCGCGUCCCCCUGGCUGCCCACCUCCCUGGCAGCGCCGCGAGAAGGAGAUCACGAGUGAAGCGUUUUGCUUAAAUUUAAUAACGGUAAGAGCUGGAUUUUUACUUUCUUUUGGUUUUUGUUGGUUUUUUUUUCCAAUUUUUUGCUUUUCCUGAUGAGGAAUUAAAGGGACCCCCAGCCCAGCGCAGGGCAGCAUCCCCAGCAGUGCUUGGUGGGCGCUGCCCGAGGAUGCUCAAAUGCCUUUCUUCCCUACUUUUAUUUUCCUUCCCAGUCCCUCCCUCAAACCCAUGGGGAAGAAGCCCUGAUCAGGCUCGGUGCCACCCUCGCUCGGGUUCCCAACACCCUGUUUUGAGUGGGGUCAGGCCUUUUACCCGUUUACCAGCCGCUGUGCCCUCUUCGCUACCUGAGGCACGGCUGCCACCCUCCUUUUUGUCGCUCUGUCCUACUGUGAAGGGGCUGCACGCCGCGGGGUUACUUGACAAAAAUCAGCUGGCGAAAGGCUGAAAAUCCAGGUAGCAGCACUGAAAAACUUUUCCUGUGCCUUUUUUUUUUUAAGCACGGAGAAAGUGGUGACCAUGACGUUUGUACAAUAGGAACUCUCUUCGGUAAAAAUAAGCUGUCCGCUUCCUAACAGGUUUAGAAGGACGCAUAUAUUCUUUUUUUUUUUUUUCUCCCUCUUAUUUUUUUUUGUUUGUUUGUUUAAAGCUCUAGGAAAGCUGUACGAGUGGCUUCCAGCAUCUUCUGCAGGUCUCCUCAAGCUCGGGGUUUACUUCCCCAGCUCUGCAAAAGCGAGAAAGGGAAGAAAGUCGUUGAAGCCCCAACAGCAAUUGAGGAACGUGACAUUUUUAAUAGGGUUUGGCCCCACCGUUGAGUCCGUAACUCGGCAAGGGCUGAGAGCUGCUGGUACAGGUUUCGUUCAUCAUUUCUGGUUAUGUUUAGUGCACUUUUUUCUGCGGUGGUUCGGGAUGCGUGUGGCAUCUCCCAUCACGGUGGAACCCAUCAGCUGUUAUAUAGCUUUAUCCCUGUCCUGGCAUCGCAGGGGUUUUGCUGGUGGCAGUGGCCACCUCCAGGCCGGGUGCUGGCAGGUAGGGCCAGCCCCAAAUAUUUGGGGAAGGGGACAACCAGGGAUGUCUUUUCAUUUUGGAGAACCUUCUGGCUCUUUUAAAGUGUCGCUUCCUGCGUCGUUGAAAAGAAAAUACACCCUGGCUUCAUUUUUAGCCCUCCUGAAGUGGAAGGCGCUGCCCAUCUCGGCCCUUUCAGGAGGGUCCAGUGUCACCAGUGUUGUCCCAGCCAGGGCUGUGGCCACCCCUCGGGUCCGUGUCCCUGCAAUCACAGCAUGGUUCUCGGCUUUGAGUCUUCCUGAUGCUCAAUACCCCCCACCCCACCACCACCUCCCCGGUCUCGGGGCACAGAGCUCCCGCUGGCCACAGGCACCUCCUCAGCUGCUGGCUCCCAAGUGACCGAAAAAGGGCAAAUUCACCCAAAUCCAUCUCCGGCUGGUGCCACAGAGCUCCAGGUGGGCUCUCCUAUGGGCAUCACCGGGGCUGUAACUCCUAAGGGCUUCUCUUUUCUUUCCAAGGGCUGCUAGUGGUGCCACGCUCACCCCCCCAGUGCCGGUAGGAAGGUGACCAGUGGACCACUUGCCCAGAUGUACUGGCCGUAGCCGUAGCAUUCCGUUUACAUACAGCACAACCCGUUUGCCUUAUUAAAUACGCUUCUCCAAUGAGUCAUGGCCUUAUACUGGGCGCGUAGCGUAGGCACAGACUACAGUUAGCGAUGGUUUGGAGGCCACGGUGGUGUCCUGUUGGGUAUUUGGUUGUUGGGUUUGUAUGAUUUCAUGUACUUAUUCUCAGUUUAAGAAAGCCUUACUUUUCAAAUUUUUUUUUUCCUCUCUCUCUCUUUGUAGAGGUAAAACAUUUGUGGAUUUAUAUAUAUAUAAAUAUAUAUAUAAAUAAAAUAAUUAAAAAAUAUUAAAUAUAAUAUAGUAUGUGCCUCAGAUUCAGGGGACAUCCCGUUGAUUGUAAAGUCAGAAGGUGGUGUUGGUCCCUGUUACCCUGUGCCCGCAGCGGGAGAACAGGGCAUCCCCCCUCGCCCCGGGGGUCCUGCUCUUGGUUUGUAAAGGACUUCACUGAUGACACAGAUGCUUUGGAACCCCCCUCCCUCGCCUGGCAAAUUCCUGCUGGCUGCCAGAAUGUGAUAGUAAAGUAAUAUGCAGACAGGGGAUGUUUUUCCUUGCGAGGCGCCUAAAACGGGCUCGUUAUUGGGUCCAGGGCAUGACCCAGUGGCUGUUUCGGGAUGACAAGGAGCUGUGAUAGGAGCAAAAAGAGUUCAUCAUCCUGAAAAAAAAAAAAAAGGAUUUUAAUAGGGAAAGAAUAAGUCUUUGGAAAAGUCUUGGCACGUGCACAGGGAUGUUUGCUGUGUAUUUGCAAGUGCAGCUCUUUGAGCCUGUUCUCUGAGAUUACAUGAAAAAAAAAAAAAA